CCUUCGCUCUUGGCGCAUGCGCAGUGGCUCUUCUCCCGGCCGGUGCGAAAUGGCGGCGCUGGCGACGGUGGUUCUGCGGAGGCUGCAGCAGGUGCCCUUGUUCGGCCCGCAGGGAUUUGCUGCUGGCCAGGUUUUCUCUCGUAACUUUCACUUUACAGUUUAUGGAAAGAAAAAUGCAUCUGCUAAAGUAUCUGAUUCAAUUUCAACACAAUAUCCUGUAGUGGAUCAUGAAUUUGAUGCAGUUGUUGUGGGUGCAGGUGGUGCAGGUCUGCGAGCGGCAUUUGGCUUAUCUGAGGCUGGGUUUAAUACAGCAUGUGUUACCAAAUUGUUUCCUACCAGAUCCCAUACUGUUGCUGCACAGGGAGGAAUCAAUGCUGCUUUGGGGAAUAUGGAAGAGGAUAACUGGAGAUGGCAUUUCUAUGAUACUGUGAAAGGCUCUGACUGGCUGGGUGACCAGGAUGCAAUUCAUUACAUGACUGAGCAAGCCCCUGCUUCAGUUAUUGAGUUGGAGAAUUAUGGUAUGCCAUUUAGCCGGACAGAAGAUGGGAAGAUCUAUCAGCGUGCCUUUGGGGGACAGAGUCUUAAGUUUGGGAAAGGAGGCCAGGCUCAUCGUUGCUGCUGUGUAGCUGACCGAACAGGACACUCCUUGCUGCACACCCUUUAUGGACGGUCUCUCAGAUAUGACACCAGUUACUUUGUGGAGUAUUUUGUCCUUGAUCUCCUGAUGGAAAACGGAGAAUGUCGUGGUGUUAUUGCACUUUGUAUAGAAGAUGGCACCAUACAUCGUAUAAGAGCAAAGAAUACAGUUAUCGCCACUGGAGGGUAUGGGCGCACAUACUUCAGCUGCACAUCUGCUCACACUUGUACUGGAGAUGGGACAGCUAUGAUUACUCGGGCAGGCCUGCCUUGUCAGGAUUUGGAAUUUGUGCAGUUCCAUCCCACAGGGAUCUAUGGUGCUGGCUGUCUUAUUACUGAGGGCUGUCGUGGUGAGGGAGGCAUUCUAAUCAACAGUGAAGGUGAAAGGUUUAUGGAGAGAUAUGCUCCAGUUGCAAAGGAUCUUGCAUCAAGAGAUGUUGUGUCUCGUUCUAUGACUAUUGAGAUCCGUGAAGGAAGAGGAUGUGGACCUGAGAAAGACCAUGUGUACUUGCAGUUACACCACUUGCCACCUCAGCAGCUAGCAACACGUCUUCCUGGGAUUUCAGAAACUGCUAUGAUAUUUGCUGGUGUAGAUGUCACCAAAGAACCCAUUCCUGUUCUGCCCACUGUGCAUUAUAAUAUGGGAGGUGUCCCUACAAACUACAAAGGGCAGGUGAUUACAUAUGCUAAUGGCAAAGAUCAAAUAGUACCUGGCUUGUACGCUUGUGGUGAAGCAGCUUCUGCCUCUGUUCAUGGUGCUAAUCGUCUUGGAGCAAACUCGCUUUUGGACUUGGUAGUUUUUGGACGUGCGUGUGCUCUUACCAUUGCAGAAACCUGCAAACCUGGUGAACCAGUUCCAUCAAUUAAACCAAAUGCAGGUGAAGAAUCUGUGGCAAAUUUGGACAAAUUGCGCUUUGCUAAUGGAAGCAUCAGAACAUCAGAAUUGAGGCUUAAUAUGCAAAAAACGAUGCAGAGCCAUGCUGCAGUGUUUCGUACAGGCCCUGUCCUACAGGAAGGUUGUGAGAAAAUUUCCAGCCUUUAUAGCAGUAUGGAUGACCUGAAGACAUUUGACAGAGGGGCUGCUUGGAAUACUGACUUGGUGGAGACUUUGGAACUACAGAACCUGCUGCUCUGUGCUUUGCAAACUAUUUAUGGUGCAGAAGCUCGGAAGGAGACACGUGGUGCUCAUGCUCGGGAAGAUUAUAAGGUUAGGAUAGAUGAAUAUGAUUAUUCUAAACCAAUCGAAGGACAACAGGAAAAACCAUUUGAACAACACUGGAGAAAGCAUACCCUCUCUUACGUUGAUGUCAAGACGGGGAAGGUUUCUCUGGACUAUAGACCUGUCAUUGACCAAACCCUGAAUGAAGAAGACUGUGCAGCCGUUCCACCUGCUAUUCGCUCAUAUUAGUGAAUUUAAUGCUACUUUCUAUGUGCAGUUUUUUCCUCCUGCUAUUUGCUGCUAUUUGUGUUCCACUGGCUAUUCACUUGUAUUAGUGAAUUUAGUUCAACCUUCUAUGCUGUUCAGCUGUUUCUUGGUAUAAGUGUCAAUAUACUUUACCAGACAGUUACUGACAUGUAGUCGUGGAUUAUAUUAAAAUGCUAUCAUAAAGACUUUUUUCAUUGCAGCAAUCAGGAAGCUUUGCAUUUUGGCCAAUGGCUUCAUUUUGUAUUGGGCAUGACUAUAUAUGGCACAUUGUUAAAAGUGUCUCACUUCUCUGAUUUCUAUAGCUCUGCUCAAAGUUUAUGAGUGUAAAUAUAGUCUGGUUAAAAAUUUUGUGUAUUGUAUCAGAAGGAACAGUAAUCUCCAAAUUUCGUAUUUGCUGGGCACUCAUGCCUAAUAUUGUAGAUCAGGCUUUCCCAACCUGGGGUGUUGUGUGGUUUCUGGGCUGUGUUCUAGCAACCUGGUUCCUACAGUCUGUAUUUCCUAACGAACAUGACUAGUAGUCAGGGUUAAUAGAAAAUGUGGUCUAAAACAUGUGGAGGCCAUCAGAUUGCUUUAAAUGAUCCCUUUGUACAAUAUAGCAUAACAGGCAGGAAAAAAAGAUGGCUUGUGUCACAAGUGAAACAAUAUGUUAAUUUCUCCCUUAAUACUCUAAUACAAGUUUUUUAUAAGGUCAGAAUUUUAGCAUAUGAAAAAUAAAUAAUUUUAGCAAGAUUUAAUUCCUGAACAUAAAUACAGUCAAGCUCUCCACGUUUACUAGUUUGACAACUGUAGAUUUGAUUAUUCACGAGUUUAUUAUCACCCUGUAAGCAGCUGCUUUCCAGAAUGGAGAGCAGGUCCACUGAGGACCACAGCAGCAGCAUCCCAUGUCCCUUUGCUGCUCCUUUGAGUGCCCCAGAGAUAUUUCUGUUUUCUCCACUUUUCUGGGGGUGUGCACAGGGGCUGACUUUUGAAUUAGUUUCAGUAUAAACACAUUAAUGCAUCAGUAUAAACACAUUAGUGCAUCUUUAUUGCAAACAUGAUUCCUGCCUCUGAGCAUACAAAAACUAAAAAUGCCUUAGAAAUUUCAUAACAUAGAUGCACAGUAUACAUAAAAGGGUGGAUUACUUCAGACAGGAUGGACCUAUGUUCAUGAGAUUGCAUUAAUUUCAGUGGGUUUGCUAUGUAACUGUUUAUAUAUCCAGUCUGAAUAGCCUGGUUACAGAUGUAUUGGCUUGCAGGUAGGAGUUCUACAUACCAAAGAAAAUAUUAUUUUGUUAAAUAAAACUACAGUUCAUUUUAACUCUAGAGACCAUGCUAUGUAUGGUAGCAAAAUAUCAAUCACUCUCUUCCCCCCAGUAUAUAUGCUUAAAUAUUCAAACAACUUUUAUCUUAUGAAUAUUUCUUUAGUUCAAGAGAUUUUGAUGUCCAAAUAAUGUGCUACCGUUUUUGUAUUUGGAGGAAAGGUAUUUUGUUUGUAUUUUUACCAGAAGCUGGAAAUUGUGUGAAUUUAGAAGUUGCUCAACUGCAAUUAUUUUAUGCAUAUGCUUAUUUAUUUAAUUUAAAGGCCAUCUUUCUCCCAGGGUGGGAACCAAAACAGUCUCCAAGAACAAUUUGUUUUUUAAAAAAGAUCUGCAGUACAAUUAUAAAAUUGCUAAAAUCAUUUCAUAAUACAUUUUUAAAAAUCAGCUAAAAACAUACAAAAGUUAAAAAGAGAAGUAAACAUGCACAAUAAAAGCCCCAGUUUUUAUAUAAAUUAAAUGACUGCUUAAUCAAAAUAUUCUUGUUUGCUGAUGAAAUAAAUCAUGGGAUGGGGGCAGCCUAGCCUCCUGUGGAAAGGCCUUCAAGACAGUCUGGACACAAGUUGUAUAGAACCUUAUUGGACAUGAUCAGCAUUUUCAAGUGAAUCAAUAACUAGUAAGAUUGUUUUAACGAGAAGGUGGUAUAGUCCUUAUAAUUGGCCUCAAUCAGCCUUCUGGACACAGCAUUUUUAACCUGCUGAAGUUUCCAAACAUUUCCCAAAGUUACAGCAGUGUCGUCAAGGCAUGUAUCAUUAUGGCCAGAUCUAACAUUUUAAGGAACGGGUACAGCUGGUGCACUAGUUUUGUGAAUAUGCCGUCCUUGCCAUCUCUGAAAUCUGGACAUUCAGGCUUAGAGCUGAGUCCAGGAGAACACCCAACUUGCAAGGCUGAAAUUUUCGGGGUGUGUGUAAUGUCAUUUAGAAGAGGCUGAUCUGCCUUUUGAGUGAUUGGGAGCACCUCUGUCUUGUCUGGAUAAAAUUUCAUUUAGUUUGCUCUCAUGUAGUGCAUUGCUGACAACAGACAUUGCUUCAAUCCUGGCAAUCAACAGGAAGGAGAGGUAGAGCUGGGAGUCAUCAGAGUUGGGUGACACUGCAACUUAGAACUCUGGAUUACCUCUUCCAGAUGUUAAAUAUCAUGACGAACAAAACAAUCACAGGCAAUGGCCAAGGCAUCAAAGAGAACCCAGAAUGAUACCAUGACUGAUGAUAAUAAAAGCCAUUGAGAAGGCAAGCAGAAUCAACAAAGACAUAAUCCCCUUGUUCAGUUAUUUGUGUAAGCCAUCCAUUAAGAUGACCCAAUUGUCUUCAUCCCACAAUCAGAUCUGAAACCAGAUUGAAAUGUAGCUAGAUAAUUAGUCUCAUACAGAAACCCCGAGAAUUGGGAGGCCAUCACACACUCCAGAACCUUCCAAUAUUGGAAUCUUAAGAGAUUGAUAAUUAUUCAGAAAGCUAGGAUCCAUGGGAGGAGGGGGGGAGGUUUUACAACAGCUUCUUUUACUGCGGUGAGGCAUUCACCUCUCCCUUAGCCAGUUCCCCUCUAACUACUUUCAGAAGACAGGAGGUGCAAAUAUCCAGUAUAUAAUGUGAUUGCUUGCACUAUCCAAGGAUCCUGGCUACAUCAUUAGGCUGCACAAAUUUAACCAUAUCCGAUGAAACAGUACAGGCUGUUCCAAGCACAGAAUUUUAGAGCAGAUCCAAGUUAUUUUGUCUGUAGUGUCUUGCCAAUUUGUCAUAACAGGCUUUUGAGGCACAGCAAAUACAUUAUAGUGAGUUUUUUAAUUCUCAGCAGUGCUACCCAACAUAGUGCUGAAUAAUGCUGGAGUUGCAAAUCAUCUAGGGGGGUCAUGCAGUUGCCACAUUUAUUCUGAUCUAUAAAUGGGUUGGCUCUCUGGUGUUUUACUCCUUCCAGAUAUAUUCUUUAUAAUAUGAGGGUUUUGUUAAGUUGCCCUUGUUUAAUUUCCAGUUGAUAAAUCUGAGGUAAAAGGAGAAAUGCUAUGCUACUCACUGUGUUAAAUGUUUGUAUUCUCUGCGAUUGGUGACACUAUAUAAUCGCAUACAGCUCCUGAUAAUUUGUGCCAGAGUAGGGAAAAAAAUCACCUUUCAGAUAUUGUUAGAUUUCAAGUCCAUGGAGUCCUUUCCUGGAAAUGAUGGGAGUCCUUUAUAUACAACAUCUAAAAAGGCCUAUUGUGCAUUGGAAAUUUAAAGUCACUUUUAUAUCAGGAGUUUGUUGCUGUCUAGUGUUGACUGCAGUUUGCAAAGUCUGCCUUUGGUUGGAAUUCAUACUAAUGAAGCAUUGCCCGUAUUUAAAUAUGUAUCUUUUAGGCAGCCAAAGGUAUGUAUGAAGUAUUAACUUUAUGAAAAAAUAAAGUGUGCAAAUAGAAAUUAAAUGAAUCGGUUACUGACUAUAA